UCCAGUGUAAAACGGAUGUGACGUUCGUCGACGCAGGAUCUUGUGUUCCGUGGUGAAACAAAAUGGCGAAUCUCGUGGAGGUUACUUCCCAGCAGCAGCUCGAAGAGUUAUUUGGCAAAGCAGGGAAAUGUCUUACAGUGUUACACUUCCAGGCGGCGUGGGCUCCUCAGUGUGUCCAAAUGAACGAGGUAAUGGCCGAGCUAGCCAAAGAGCAUACACACGUCACUUUUGUGAAGCUCGAGGCGGAAGCGGUGCCAGAGGUGUCUGAGAAGUACGGCGUUUCCUCUGUGCCCACUUUCCUGUUUUUUAAGGCGGGGGAGAAGAUAGACAGCCUGGAUGGUGCCCAUGCUUUAGAGCUUACUAAGAAGGUGCAACGUUUGGCAGUAAGCGGAGGACAAACUGGAGCCGAUGAAAACAGCGGCACUGAUCUAAACCAACGGCUAAAGAAGCUGAUCAACACGGCGCCAUGCAUGCUGUUUAUGAAGGGCACCUCCCAGGAGCCGCGUUGCGGUUUUAGCCGCCAGAUAGUGGCCCUGCUUAAGCAGCAUAACAUCCAGUUCAGCACUUUCGACAUAUUGUCCGACGAGGAAGUCCGACAGGGGCUAAAAACCUACUCCAACUGGCCCACCUACCCCCAGCUUUAUGUGAAUGGAGAGCUAGUGGGAGGGUUAGACAUAGUGAAAGAGUUGGCUGAGUCUGGAGAGCUGGAAAACACUUGUCCCACGGCUGUCACCUUGGAGCAUCGGCUAAAGAUCGUCAUCAACAAGAGUCCAGUCGUGCUCUUUAUGAAGGGCAACAAAGAGACUGCCAGAUGUGGUUUCAGCAGGCAGAUCCUAGAGAUUUUGAACAGCACUGGAGUGGACUAUGACACCUUUGAUAUUUUGCAGGAUGAAGAGGUGCGUCAGGGUCUAAAGAUUUACUCCAACUGGCCGACCUACCCCCAGCUUUAUGUGAAAGGAGAACUGAUUGGAGGUUUAGACAUAGUCAAGGAGCUCAAGGAAAGUGGAGACCUGGUAUCAACGCUCAAGGGGGAAUGCUAGGCAUUGACAGGCUGCUACAAAGAGCGGGAGAUCAAGAAGAUACACGCUCACACUCAGUUGCCAUGAAAAGAGAGAGAAAUGAUUAGAAAAUUAAAGAUAAUUCUCAAACCGUCACUGGUUUUUCUUUCAUAUUGGAUCACAGGGUUUACUUAAAAUAACCAUAUAUAACAAUGUAUCCGUGCAGGUUGUUACGUUGAAUCUAGUUUUAAUAAUUUAAAAUGCCAAAAAAAAAAAGAGUUGACUUUAUCUUAACAUGUUCAGUACAAUUUUGUAUUUCUGUUAUAACCUAUUCACCAGCUUGCAACAGUUUUACACCUGAAAACUAUUUCGUUGCAAGCUCUCUCUCUCUCUCUCUCUCUCCUCAGCCUUAACCCUGCUGUUUAUUUCUUCAUUGGUUACGACAUGAUUAAACUACAUUUCUUCAAACAA